AUUCUACAGAUCUAUAAUGGUUCAAAAAAACGUUGAUCAUUUUUAACCAUGGAUCAUUGUAAUGAGAAUGUUUAUAAUGUUAAAACAUUUAUUCCCAAUUUAUUUAAUCAUUGUCAAUGUCCAAUAAUAUGAGAUUUUAAAUACAUCUUGAUACAUAUUUAUAUACCUAUACAUAUACACGUACUAUAACUCAUGCAGAAUGUAAUUUGAUCUUAUCUAUAAUAAUAAUAAUAAUAAUAACUGUUAUUAUUAUUAAGCCUAUAAUACUAUGAAAAAGUAUAUGGAUACUAUUUGUAAAUACAAUAAAAUAUUGGAAAUUAACCAUGAAUUAUAAAAUAAAAGUUAAAUAAAUAAAAUAAGCAGUGAUAAAAUAGAAAUUUAAUUAUAAAAUAUAAAAUGAAACAAUUUUAACUAACAUAAACAUAAUCAAAUAUUGAUCAAAAUCAAUAAAUAAGAAAACAAUAAUGAUACCAAUUGAGGAUAAUACUUCUUUUAUUACUACUACUACUAAUAAUAAUAAUAAUACUAGUAUGAAUAAAAGUAAAGAAUUGUUAUUUUCAACACCAUUUGUAAACACAAUGAUUAUAAUUGGUAUAUUUCUAACUAUUUGCAGUAUUUGUACAGUUAUUGGUAAUCUUUUAGUAGUUCUAGCUAUUGGAUUAGUAAAAAAAUUACGUACACCAAGUAAUUUUUUAAUUGUUAGCUUAGCUGUAAGUGAUUUAUUAGUUGGUUUAUUAGUUCAACCAUUAGCUACAUUACGUGAAUUAUAUGGUUAUUGGCCAUUUGGUGAAGGUAUGUGUGAUAUGUUUAUUUCAUUUGAUGUAUUAAUGUGUACAGCGUCAAUUUUAAAUUUAUGCGCUAUAUCGAUUGAUCGAUAUUUAGCAAUUACUCGUCCAUUACGUUAUGCAGCGAAACGUACACCAAAGCGUAUGAUGAUAAUGAUAUUAUUAGUAUGGUUAUUUUCGGCAUUGAUUAGUAUACCACCAAUGUUUGGAUUUAAAGAACCAUUUGUUACUGGUUUAUGUGAAUAUAGUUCAAAUAUUAUUUAUCAAACCUAUGCUACAUGUGGUGCAUUUUAUAUUCCAUUAAUUGUGAUGCUAAUAUUAUAUGGACGUAUACUUAUAUUAGCGCGUAAUAUGGCACAUGCUGAUGCUAAACAACAACGUGUUGCGGAAUCGGUUACACAAACUAAUGCACAUAGUUCCUUGGAAAGUGAACCACCAGAACAAUUGAAAUUUGAACAUAUGCAAAAAUUAAAACACACAACUGCCACAACAACCAACACGGUCGAAAACAAAUCUGAUGUACUAUUACCGCCUAAUAAUGAACAGAAUAACGCUAAGAAAGAGAAAUAUCCUUUACCGCCAUCAGAAUUAUGUCGACGGCGUAAACCACGUCCACUGAGAAGACUUAGUUAUGGUGAUGAACUCCUUAUUAAAAAAUCAUUGGAUAAUAAUGUAAAGAAUGUGAAAAAACCAACUGGUACUUCGGAAUGCUCAUCUACGUUGUCGUCUAUUGAACAAUUUGAACAACAUGUUAAAGAAUUGAAGCAGUUAAGAGCGGAAUUUUUCGCUGCACCAUAUACACGACAUUCGAUUACUAUUAAUAUAACACAAUUAAAAAAUCGUAAUGAUCAGAAAGAGAAUGAAAAUUUAUCAUCUUUAAAUACUUUUACUUAUAAUAAUAAUAGUAGUUUACAACAACAACAACCGGUGACAUUGAUACCUAAAAAUAAGUCUCUAUUAUUAACUGAUUCUAACCGAUCGAGAAAUUCAGUAUUUUCACCACCUUUCUUAUCAGUAUCACAUUAUUUUGAUGGAUCUAGUUAUAUGAACAGCUUAACACAGAUUUCUGAGGUUGCACCAAAUCCAUAUACUUCUAGUGAUAAUCAGAGAGAUGAUAAUAAAAAUAACCUUGAGGAAUAUAGUAGUAAUUUAAUGUUAACAUCACAAGAAACUACUCCAUUAAUGGUUAGUAGUACUGGUAUGCCAUUUACUCCAGGUAUUGGUGAUUUUUACUAUCCAUCAUCAUUUGGUACACCGUUAAUUGGACCUAAAUUUACUACAAUGCAUCCGGCACGCCCACGACAGAGGCCAUUUCAUACACCAAGAAGAUCAUUUACUACAGCCAAUGAAUAUAUACCCAUAAAUCGUCCAUUUCUAUUAGAUUUACCUAAUUAUGCAAUUGAUCGACGAUGUAGUUCACCCUCUACAUCACAUAAUUUUCCUUGGAAUCAUAUUAUUCAUCGCAAUGUCAAAAAAGAUGCACAAAACUCUUUGGGUUUGUUUACAAAUACCCGGACAGCUACAACCACUACUACAAUUACAAACGAUAACGAAAAUACAAUGACUACCAAUGAUAAUAAUAAUAAUAAUACCGGGAAAUUUAAUCACAUCAAUAUACAUCAAAUGUCUUUCAGUUCUAAUCAGACAGAAAAUUUUAUCAUGGCUAAUCAACCAGGAAGUUUAGUUAGUUCAAAUUGGGUGUGUCCUAAAUUGCCACCGGUGAAAAAACGUAAUUCACGUCAUCAAAAUGAAUCAAAAGCUGUUAAAACACUUGGAAUUAUUAUGGGAUGUUUUUGUUUAUGCUGGUUACCAUUUUUCAUUAUUGCACUAGUUGUUCCUAUACACAAAGUGGUCAGUGGAAAAGAUUUGGAUGUUCCAGACGUGGUUAGAAGUAUAUGCCUAUGGUUAGGUUAUUUAAAUUCAACUAUUAAUCCAAUCAUUUAUGUGAUAUUCAACCGAGAUUUUCGGUUACCAUUUCGAGAAAUAAUUUUAUGUCGAUGUCGUGGUAUGAAUGCACGUUUAAGAUCACAGAAAUAUGCUUUAGAAUACGGUGUGGCAACUUCAAAUGCAAGUCAAGGGGGUGGUGGUUGUACUGGAGGUACUGUUGGAGUUGGUUUUACUGGUGCAGGUUGCAGAUUUAGUAUUUCUGGACCGUCACUAACAAAUAAUGAGAAUAAUAAUAUUAAUAGUUCUAUAAAUGGAGUCACCAGUGUUUAUAGUGGAGGUAUAAAUUUAUACAAUAAAACGAGAUCUCCAAAUAAUUCAUAUAAUAACACUGUGAAUACUUAUCAAUUGGAACGCUUCAGAAAUCAAUCAAAUCUGGGUUUUAGGCAUUCAGGCCAAAUAGACAAUCUUAAUAUGUCAACUGGUCGAUAUACUAGAUAUCAAAGUGGAUCCGUUUCAUUUAAUCGAUAAAUAAUUAAGACAGAAAAUACAACUUGGUUUAUUUUAUGCUCUAUACAUUUCAUCAUCAUCGUUUCCAUUGAUAAAUGGAACUGUGAAAUUUCCAAAGAGAAAUACACCAAUUAUUUAAUAGUCCAAUUAUCGUCUUUCAAUGAAUAUCAAAGAAAUUAAAUGUAAAUUCUUCAAUACAUAUAUGAAAACCUAAUAGAUAAAUGAUUAAAAGUAAAAAGAAGAAAGAAUAAUUUACAUUUUCCCUUUUUAAAUUUUAUCAAAAUAGAAACAUUAAGUAUUGUAGAGAUAACAAGUUAUCGUGAUCAUAUUACCUUUCUAUUUUGGAUUGUUUGUUUUUCUUGUUUAUCACCUGCAUAGAUUUAGCCCUGAUUAGUAAAAUGCAAAGUUUAACUGUUCUUUUUUUCUAAUCUGUUCACACUUCUACGUAUUCUGUAUUGUUUCCAUUACUUCUUAUCUGUUUAUAUUUUCUUAUUUUCCUACUACCCGGCGUUUCAAUGUCACUAUUUAUAAAAUAAAUUUUUCAGACACAGUUAUUUUUAUUAAAUGUACCAGUGUAAUCACUAUUUACCGCUUAUCAUUAAACUUCAUAAGAAAUUCCUAUACAUUUAUAUAAGUAAAUGUACCGCGCCAAUAUUUCAACAUAUUUGCUUUAAAUGCCCUAUAACAACCAAACAAAUAAAUCAGUAAAAAUUAAUUUAUGUGACUCAGUUAUUGAUUAACUUUUUCUUAGAUUCACUGACUUAUUCAUUGUUAACUAUUACUAAUUUGAAAGUGUAUGUACUAUAGAAUUAACAACACUAUACAUACAAUUAUACUAUAAUAAUGAAACAACUGUAACAACAGUGAACAAAGACAUGAAGGGAAAGAGUUAAAGAUUACAUGAAUAACACAUAACAUCCUGUGUAUGUACACUUAAGAAAAAUUUCCAGUUAUUUGCAUACUUAUAUAUAUGGAUGUUUUUGUUGUUCACAAAUAUCAAAACAAAAAAAUGUCUCAAUGAAUGUUUCCUGACAACAUCUUCAAGUAAAUUAUUUAUUUUACUACUUUUAAAUAUUAUCUAUUCAAUACACUUUCAAUAUUCCUUUUUCAUUAUUUCCGUCUUUCACUAUAUCAGUAGAACAUUAAAAUAAUAAUAUUUUGCAUUUGAUAAAAAUGAUUAAUAUAUCUACUCAUUAGUAGUAAAACAUUAGAAGAAAUAAAUUCUGCCGUCAUUACUAUUGUUUAUUUUAUUAGUAAUAUAUACCUAUUGAAUAAUAUGAGAUAUAUUUCUUGAAAUCAAGUGAUUGCAUCAAGGUAAUGUUAUGUACGCUUUAUCAACUAACAUAUUUGUUUCACUUAUUCAAUAUUCAUAAAAGAUUACAUUAUAUAAUCGCUGUCACUAGUGAAAUAUGUUUUUUUGUCUCUCUUUCUUUUCUUGUUCACACGGCAAAAACAAAUCAGUAAUAAACUUAUAAAAUUCUUUUUUUCUUUUCUUUUUAUUGCAUUUAAAUGCGCGUAUGGAUACUCAAACUUUCUUAAUCAUUUUGUUCUUUCGAAUUCUCUAUAUCCUAUAUAGUUUGUUCCCAGAAUUAACAUUAUAUAAGUUUGUAGGAUUUAUAUAUAUAUAUAUAUAUACAUUAAUAUGUUGUAUAUAUUAAUCUGCAGUUUUUUGGCUUGCUCAUACUGCAGUAAGCACAUCAUGUGAUCAUUGUAUAUUUUGUGUUUAUUAAUUAUAUCAUUUCUAUUUGCCUGUGUUGUUUAUUUAUUUGUUUUCUUUUUCGGACAGAAGUUUGUGCGCUUAAUUUUGUUUAUUUAUGGACAUAGUCGAAUAUGAGUUUUAUUCGAUCCUACUUUACUUUUCUGUUUACUCUUCACGUUUCCUCUAUUCACGUUCAUCUUCUUUGAUCCUUAUUACUAUUAUUAUUAUUACUAUUUUGAUUUUAUGAUAUGUCCAUUAGCAUAUCAUGCAUAAGAGGUGAUUAAAAUAAUAUUCAUAAUAAAAGAAUUUACCCGAAGAAAUUUAUUUGAUAAAAUAGUUUUAUUCAGUGUACGAAUCCUUUCACGACCAUUUUAUUUUCAAAGCUGUACAGCAGUAUGUAAAUAUUAUAUAUAUAAUUUAUUAAUCAGUGAAUAAUUCUUUAUUAAAAUCCGAUUAUAGUUUGUGUACCAUACAACUGUCUCUUCCUUGUAUGAGACUCUUAAACAGUGCAUA